AUGGUAUUGUGUGGACACGUGUAAUAUAUAGGAAGAGUAUUAUGUAUGUAAACUAAAUUCAUUUGAAACGAACUACAAGACUCUGUCUUUAUAUCACUGGCGACGAGGAUCGAGAAACACAAACGAAACAAAGAGGACUGGAAAAGUAAUUCGGUAUAGGUCAACACAUAGUACGAAGAAUUACAGCCGGACCCAGCGUGUAUUCAACGAUAUUAAUUAAUAAAACGGAAAUUAUUGACACUAUACGAUAAACGGAAAUUAUUGACACUUCAAACUUUACUCAGAUAUUUACCUCGUUUAUUGUGGCCACGAAAGGACCAAAGCUUAAAAUCCUCCCAUUUGAUCCACACGGAGACAGGUUAAACUUGGGCAAAGGUUGGGAGAGAUGGCUGGAAAGAUUUGAGCGAGAUCUCAAGUACAAUGUCUGUGAACACAACGAAGCAGAAAACAGCGAAACAGUACAAAUGGCAUUGCUGAUUUACGCAGGAAUACAAGUGGAGGAUAUCCAUGAUUCCCUGCCUUUCCCUACCAGGCCGUCGAGCGUUUCCAACGAACAGUGGACGGAGUAUCGAAAAUCGAAGGAAAAAUUAAACAAAUAUUUCCUCCCUCAAAAGUCAAAUGACUUUGCUUUAUUCGAGCUCAUGCGAGUGAAACCGGAAGAGGGCGAAAGGACUGGGAACUAUGCAGCAAGACUACGGAAAGCAGUCGAGAAAUGUGACUUUGCAAACUGGACGGCAGACAAAAUGAUAAAAUGUCUUAUCAUAAGCAACCUACAUGACGACCAGCUACGACUGAUAUGUUUGCAAAAAAAGCUGAGACUUGAUCAGCUACUGGAGAAAGCACGAAUGAGAGAAGAUGUCAUGGCCAUGAAUGAGGUCAUGCACAAAAAAGACGGGGAGAAAUAG